GCAUUGGCCCGAGCAGUACUAAGUGCAAUGUCGGCCGCGCGACGCAAGGCAAUCAGCGAUGGCCUGGCAGCCUUUGCCGCGCAGGCGUCAAGCCCCAAGCCGCUCCAGAUACUCUAUUCGACAAAGCCCAAUUGGCCGGGCAAAGACGUCAGCGGCGGCGGCGGCAGCGGAGCGGCGACGAAGCCGGCCGGUCUUGACAUUGCUGUGCUCGACUCGUCGUUCAAUCCGCCGACAAAGGCCCACGCGGCUCUGGCGCUGUCCAGUCCCGUGCGAGCUGCUGCUAUCGACAAGGGCAGCAGCAGCAGCAGUGCCGCGAGAAAGGGGGCCUACGACGCGCACCUGCUCCUCUUCUCUGUCCGCAAUGCCGACAAGGGCACGGGCAAGGCGGGCGACGCAUCGACGGUGCAGCGUCUCGAGAUGAUGCACCUCCUCGCACACGAUGUCGAAGCGCGGCUGCGCGACGAGGACCGCGAAGCGAGCGUGGCCGUGGCCCUCGUCGAGGAGCCGCUGAUGAUUGCGAAGAGCACCCUGAUCCACCAGUACCUCGGCCCUGCCGCGUCGGCCCAGACGAGCCUGCACUGGGUCGUCGGCAUGGACACGCUCGAGCGCUUCUUCCAGGUAAAAUACUAUCCCUCGCCGCGCUUCUUUGAAGACGCCUGCGGGCAGUUCUUCGAGAAGGAACGCACGAGGUUUGUAUGUGCGCGCAGGGGGCCCGAAUCGCUGCCCAACAGCGACAAGGCCCGCGCAGGCGGUAGCAGCAGCGACGACGAGGACAAGUUUCUCAGGAGCGAUCCCGUCGCUCGGUGGCUCGACUGCGGAUCCGUCGCCAUCAUCGAUCUUCCAGCCGAGGCACAGGGCAUCAGCAGCACGGCGGUCCGCUCGCUCGCUUCUGCGUUGGAGGAGGGCAAGCAGGCCGGCACGGCGACUGAAGAGGAGCUAAAGCGUCUGACGACGCCCAGCAUCGCAAAGUACCUCAUCGACGAGUCAGUGUAUCAGCCGCCAAAAAAGCAAGAAGAUUCAUCGACAUCCUAACAUAUACUCUUGGGCUAAAUGCUAUAAUCAUUGCACACCAGUCACACGAGCAAGAGCAGACGAGAUCCCGCCAGUCGCUGAAGGCGGCCUAUUUUUUAUAUAUACAGA